AUGCCGGGUCGGUGCCAGCAGAGCCCAGUGCUGGCAGGCAGCGCCACUUUAGCUGCCUUGGGGGCACUGACGCUGUACCUCGCGAAGCCCUCCGGCUACGGGAAGUACACCGAGAGCCUGACGCCCUCGGCUACCCGCCUGCCCGCCGGUGCCGCCUGGUUCCUGCAGGAGCUGCCCGCCUUCGCGGUGCCCGCGGGGAUCCUCGCCUGGCAGCCCUGCUCCCUCUUCGGACUGCCUGGGACUGUGCUUCUGGGCCUCUUCUGCGCGCAUUACUUCCACAGGACAUUUGUUUACUCAUUGCUCAACAGAGGGAGGCCUUUUCCACUUGUAUUCAUUUUCAGAGGCUUUGUCUUCUGCACGGGAAAUGGAUUCCUUCAAGGCUACUAUCUGAUUUACUGUGCGGAAUACCCUGAUGAGUGGUACACGGACAUACGGUUCAGCUUGGGUGGCUUGUUUACAUACGUUUCUGGAGCAAACUUCUUUGGUGAGAUCGUUGAAUGGAUGGGCUAUGCCCUGGCCACUUGGUCCCUCCCAGCGCUUGCAUUUGCAUUUUUCUCACUCUGUUUCCUUGGGAUGCGAGCUUUUCACCACCAUAGGUUCUACCUCAAAAUGUUUGAGGACUACCCCAAAUCUCGGAAAGCGCUUAUUCCAUUCAUCUUUUAA